AUGGUGUGUUUCAACGGCUUCUUCGGCUGUCCGUUCUGCCUCAUGAAAGGCGAGCAUAAGGAAGGAUGUGUACGUUAUGUCGCUGAUGAGGCACCAGCUCCAAGGACAUCGGAGCUCCUUGCUCGAGAUAUGGUGCUGGCGCAGAGACUGGGGGACCCUGUGAAUGGCGUCAAGGGUCCAUCUGCACUCAUGAACCUUAAAGGCUUUGACCUGGUUGAGGGAAUGAGUGCCGAGUAUAUGCACUGCGUUCUCCAAGGGGUAGUGCGGCAGUUCACGGAGCUGCUUUUUUCAUCUUCCAGCUCACGGCAGCCCUACUACAUGGGUGCACGGGGGUCUGUUGUCAAGGUCAAUGCACGCCUCCAAAGCAUCAAGCCUCCGCACUGUAUCACAAGGCUACCUCGUUCGAUUGAGGAGCGCAGUUUCUGGAAGGCCUCCGAGUGGAAGCAAUGGCUCCUUUUUUAUGCCCUUCCAUGCUUGCUGGACCUCCUUCCCCAACUCUACUGGAGGCACCUGUGCAAGCUCUCUGAGGCUAUCCAUAUCUUGCUCCGUGAUAGUCUUACGCUUGAGGAAAUCAAGCGUGCAGAAGAACUUCUCCACAUGUUCGUGGGUCGUGUGGAAGCCCUCUACGGAGUGACUGCCAUGACCUUUAACGUGCACCUUCUUGUUCAUCUUGCGAACUCUGUCCGUCACUUGGGGCCACUCUGGGCCCACUCAGCCUUCGUCUUCGAGGGUGGGAAUGGAAAACUUGUGAAUCUUGUGUCAGCAGCCAAGGGACUUCCUCAACAAGUUGUAGAACGUGUGGUGAUGAUGCAGGAAUUGGAGCUUUUGCUUUCCACUCACAAACUGCCGGCAAGGGAGGAGCAGAUCUGCCGAGGCUUCCUCGGUUACAUGCCGAUUCAAAACGCUUGCCGGGUGAAUGAAACGACGACACUUGGCUGUGGGCAACCCGCCAUUAUGAGCAGUGAGGACAAGUUUGCUCUUCAGCAGCACUUUGGAGCAACUGUAAGCAGUGCUACGGAGUACCAGAGAUGCGUCAUAAAAAAUCAAGUGUACCAUAGCACUUCCUACACGAGAGCCACCCAAAGUGACACCACUUUUGUCUCCACGCAUGAUGGACAUUACUUUAAGAUUUUGAAAAUUGUGGAAGUAGUUUUGGCAACUGGUUCUUGCUGCGUCCUCCUUUGCAAGAAAGUGGUUCUGAGGGAAUUGCAACAGCUUCCAGAGCACAUCAAGGAGUGCUUUCUCUCAGAAAGAAGCACUGUUUGCUGUGUGGAGCCCUGCAAUGUCAAAAGCAGCUGUGUUUACAUUGAAUUCAUAUCGGAUAGCAAGUCCUUCAUCUGUGACCUCCCAAAUGUUAUAGAGCGCGAUUAG